GGUUCGACAUCCCUGUUUAAAGAGAAAGUAGAGGGUACGUGAUAACUUUUUUGGACUUUGGACGCUGCACCCUGCAGAAAUGUCAACAUCGGGGUAUUACGGUGGGGUUGAGGGGGGAGCAACCCAUUCCAAAAUGGUGUUAAUGAAUGCAAAUGGGGAUAUUUUGGCCUGGAUUGAUGGUCCAUCAACAAAUCAAUGGUUAAUAGGCCAAGAGGAAUGUCUAAAAAGAGUGAACAAUAUGGUGGAGGAUGCCAAAUCUAAGGCAGGUUUGGAUUCUAGCACCAAGCUACUGUCUCUUGGAUUAUCAAUGAGUGGUGCUGACCAGAAGGAUGCCCAGAAUCAGCUGAUAAGCGGAAUAAAAUCUAAAUACCCCCAGUGUAGUCAGAAUGUGUUCAUUGCCAGUGACACUGCUGGGGCCAUCGCCACUGCUACAGAGAAAGGUGGAAUUGUUUUGAUUGCCGGAACUGGGUCGAACUGUAUGCUGAUCAAUCCCGAUGGAAGAGCAUUCAGGUGUGGUGGCUGGGGUCAUCUCCUUGGAGAUGAAGGAUCUGCAUACUGGAUCACACAGACAGCAAUUAAAAUUGUUUUUGACCAUGAGGACAACCUGAAGGUCUCACCUCAUGACAUCUCCUUUGUGAAGGAUGUCAUGAUGAAAUAUUUUCAGAUCAGUGAUAGAGAUGAGCUACUACACUACUUUUAUUCCAAGUUUGAGAAAUCUUACAUUGCAGGCUUAUGUAAAGAACUUGCUCAAGGUGCCAGAGAGAACAAAGACAAGUUAUGUCUGGAGCUUUUCAGACAAGCUGGAGAAAUUCUAGCAGAACAUAUUCUUGGUGUGGGGCCACAUGUUGCAGAGGAGUUACUGAACACACCCAGUGGGCUGCAGGUGGUCACAGUGGGUUCAGUUUGGAAGAGCUGGGACUUCAUGAAAGAGGGAUUUGUGAAUGUUCUGAAGGACAGAGCAAAGAAUCCAAGAAUAUCCAAAAUAUGUUUGCUGGAACUGAAGGAGUCAGCAGCUAUAGGAGCUGCCAGUCUGGGUGCCAAGUCCAUCAAGCAGACCCUACCCAUUGACUAUCUACAUAAUGCGUCAAUGUACUUCCAGUCAGAAUUUUAAAUGUCUUGUGUUCAUAUGUACAUGCAAUUCCAUUAUUUGCAACUACAACAAAGAGUAAAAUGAUAUUAGUUGUUGCUGCCAGCUUAAUUUUCUGUUGCCUUUGGAUGCACUUUGUAAGGUUAAUUUUGUAGAAAUGAAAUAGUAGUGUUUUUAUUAUGGUAAUUGUUAAAUGCGGGAAUAAGUACUUAGUACUAUUUAGAUUUAAAAAAAUAAAUAGGGCUGUAAUAUAAUGGGUAAUGAAAGGUGAUUGAAUUUAUGUCUGGAUUAGAUCCCAGGGAUCUUAAAGGGACUGAUUCACGAUUUUCCUCCAAAUUUUGUUUUUCACUUUAAAUGAUCAAAAUUUACAGUCUAAUAUGUUUAGAAGGUUUCACAAAAGAAUUAAGGUUAUUCAUCACCACAGAAGCUCAUUAUAGAGAGUUUAUUAAUUGAUUUGAAAACAAAGUUUAAGGUGUGUUAUUGUUUACGAAGUUUUCAAAAUAAAUAAAUAUUGAUCCAAAUUUAUUAUAUAAAUCACAUCUCAAGUAUACUUUAGGUAAAAUGUGUCAUUUAAAAGUUAAACUUUGUGAUUGUACAAAAUAGAAGUGCUUUAAAUUACAAAAUUAAUGUUUCACUGGUUUGUUUGUUUACAUAAAAAGAUUUGUGUCUUUGUUUACAUAACACAGAUUUAAGGCUAAAAUAUUGCUCCUAUCCUUGUAUUCAGACGGUCCAAAUUUUGGUUGUCAACAUUAAAUGAGUUAUAUUUUGUAUUUUUAACAUAAAAAAUGAAAAUAUUUCUUUCGAAAAACGUGAACCAGUCCCUUUAAGUACUAAUAUGAAAACAAAUUCUGGACCAGGUUUUCACGUAUAUUUAAAUGUAGCAAGUAUCUUCUCAUCAAUGUUUGUCCAUUGUCAACAAUCUUGUCAGAUUUUUAUCUUCUUCUCAAGAACUACUGCAUCAAUUUCAACCAAACUUGGUACAAGGCCCUGUUAAUUCAAGCUCAAAUGGAGGAUGUAUGUGCAAACAUGGAUUUUCAUUGAGUGUAAAUUCAAUCUAGGUUAUUAUAAAGAUUAGAGAAUUGGUAAUGAAAAUGUUACUCCUGGGAUCAGGCCUGAUGAUGCCAUAAAAAGGGGUUUAAAUUUGACAUCGGGGUAUUUCAGGUUUACAUAGAAAUAUUUUUGAAACAUCUUAUUGACAACAAGGAUUCACACGGGGUGGGGUUGGGGGUUAUUCAAGCAUCUAGAUGUUUUGUAAGUGCAGUUUUGUAUGAAUUCUGACCCCCUUGGACUUCCUAUAGACAAAAUAAUUAGUUUUGGGGUCUCGUCAUUGGGUGAGCAUUGUGGCCCAUGUGUUUUUUGUUUCACAUGUAUACUAAAUGUUUUAAUGAAACAUCUGGAUGUAUGUACACGGAUAUCCAAUAAUGGUAUUUCAUCAGAAGGAUUGUCUAUUGUAUGGAUAGAAUUAGUUUUGGUGGAGGAGCCACUAGUAUUGUACGUUUCAAAUGCAUUAAUUCCUAUAUUAAACAGAAGAACUGAU